AUGGAUAUGAUCAACGAUCUAGGAGAUGAUGUUCUUGGCCACAUAAUAUCAUUCCUUCCGGUAAGAGAAGGUGCUUUCACAUGUCUUCUCUCAAAGCGGUGGCGUUACCUGUUUGCCUUCCCGACGAAUCUCCGUUUGGAUUACGACGACGAAGUGUUUGGAGGAAGAGGAGAUGAUUUCGUCGUUUUUGCGGAUAGAGCGUUGGCUCUGUCAGGCGAUUUCCCCACGAGGGAGAUAUCGAUAAAAUGUCGAAAGAUCAUCGAUUCGGAUCAUGUCACGGGGUGGAUCGCUAAGUCGUUGAGACGUGGUCUCUUGAAACUUGACAUAGACGUAAUCGGUGGAUUUGACAAUGUAGUGCCUCUCGAGAUCUUCUUCACUUGCAAGAACUUGGUUGAGCUGAAACUAGCAAAAGCGUUUCGGGCUAUACUUCCUGGAGAUGUCUCUUUUCCAUCACUUAAGAAGCUCUAUCUCGAUUCGGUCUGUUUCAUGAAUACAGGUUUGUGUGUUUUGGGGAAGCUUCUCUCUGCUUGUCCUGUGCUUGAGGAUUUAACCGUUCUAGAGGGUAAGAGGAGAUCUCAGGGUUCAGCUAGCUGUCUCAACGUGACAUCUUCGACCCUUAAGAAACUUACUAUCAAGUGUGCUCAGGAUUCACGGGACAUGACUUUAGAUACGCCGAAUCUUGUCUACUUGGAAUACAAUGGUGAUGUUAAAAGAAACUAUCCGACUGUGAGUCUUGAGUCCCUUGUGGAAGCUAAGCUUGAUCUUAAUUUCAGUUUUGGUUAUCCAAAAAAUCUGAUGGAAGGAUUGAGAAAUGUUGAGGUCUUAGAGUUAUCAUGUGCUGGUACUUGGAAGAUAUUCAGGUAUUGCCCUGAAGCCAUACCAGUAUUCAGCAACCUGAUUCGUUUAUCUAUUAAUACUCAAGUCCCUCGCUACUAUUACGAGAAUCAUUGGGAAUAUCUGCCGAUACUUGUUAAAAAAUCUCCAAACCUAGAGACUCUCGUCAUCAAGGGUCCAUUGAACGUCGAUGAACGUGAACAACUAGGUGACCGAGAUUAUGGAUUGGCAUGUCCCGUGAAAGUAUUGAAGGUAACCGAGUAUGGAGGCAAAACUGGAGAGCUAGUGAAGAUGAGACAUUUCCUUAAGAAACUGUCAUGUCUUGAGCUUGUUGAAGUUCUUGCUUAUGCAGUGAACGACAAGGAAAAGUCUCGGAUUACCCAAGAUCUGCUAAUGGUUCCUAGACCGUCCAAUUGCAUUAUCCAGAUCAUGUUUUGUGAGAAAGCAAUACCUUAA